AUGUCCGAUAUUCCAAUUGAUUUUACUGAGCUUACCCAGUUGACCCAAUUGGGUAUCCCGCAGUCGUCAUUGGACUUUAAAUCCACUACUUUGGAGUCUGACCACUACAUAUGUGUGCGUGAAUCCGGUCCACUGGGUAACACUGUUGCUAUUGUUGAUUUGAAAAAUAACAACGAAGUUACAAGAAAGAAUAUGUCAGCAGAUAAUGCUAUCAUGCAUCCAAAGGAAUUUGUCAUUAGUUUAAGAGCAAAUGGAACCACGUUGCAAGUUUUCAAUUUGGGGUCCAAACAAAGGUUGAAAGCCUACACUAUGGACGAGCCAGUUAUAUUUUGGAAAUGGCUUGAUGAUCAGCAUCUUGGUUUGGUCACACAAUCGCUGAUUUAUUUCUGGAAUGUGUUUGAUGGCACCAAUGACGGACCAACUAAAUUGACUGAUAGACAUCAUACAUUGAGCAAUGCUCAAAUUAUCAAUUUCGUUGCUGAGCCAGAUUUGAAUUGGUUUGCUGUUACUGGUAUUGCUCAAGAAGAUGGUAGAAUUGCCGGUCAUAUUCAAUUGUACUCGAGGUCAAGAAAUGUUUCUCAGCCAAUUGAAGGCCAUGUUUGCAAAUUUGCUUCAUUGACAUUGAGCGGAGCCGCCCAUCCAACUAAAGUGUUUUGUGUUGGAAACAAGAAUGCUCAAGGACAAGGACAAAUGCACAUAAUUGAAAUUGACCAUGUCGAUGGCAACCCGCCAUUCCAAAAGAAAGUUGUUGAUAUUUUCUUCCCACCAGAUGCCAGCAAUGAUUUCCCAAUAAGUUUGCAAGCUUCAAACAAGUAUGGAAUUGUUUACAUUUUAACCAAAUACGGUUUCAUUCACUUGUACGAUAUGGAAUCGGGAGCAAAUUUGUUUGUCAAUAGAAUCACUGCUGAUCCUGUUUUUACGGCAGCUAGCUACAACAAUGGAACAGGAUUAUUGACCAUCAAUAAAUCAGGUCAAGUAUUGAGCGUUGAAGUUAGCAGAGAUAAGAUUAUCCCUUACGUUUUGAAUAAAUUGUCUAACGUACCUUUGGCCAUUUCAUUGGCUGGACGUGGUGGCUUCCCUGGUGCCGAGAAUUUACUCAAUCAGCAAUUUCAAACAUACUUGAACCAAGGUGACUACACCAAUGCCGCCAAAGUUGCUGCAUCUUCCGAGCAGUUGCGGACACAAGAUACCAUCAACAAGUUGAAACAUAUCACGCCUCAACCAGGUCAAAUAUCACCAAUCUUGCAAUAUUUCUCAACCUUGUUGGACAGAGGUACCUUGAACAAGUAUGAAUCCAUUGAAUUGGCAAAACCAGUCUUGCAACAAGAUCGUAAGCCUUUAUUUGAAAAAUGGUUGAAGGAAGACAAGUUGACUUCAUCUGAGGAAUUGGGAGACAUUGUGAAGUCUUAUGGGGAUGCAGCUUUGGCGUUGGCCGUGUAUAUCAGGGCUAAUGUCAACAUCAAGGUUGUUUCAUGUCUUGCUGAAUUGGGUCAAUUUGACAAGAUUUUGCCAUAUUGCCAAAAAGUGGGUUAUAAUCCCGAUUACACCAACUUGAUCCAAAAUUUGGUUAGAGUUAAUCCAGACAAGGCCAGUGAAUUUGCCACAUCGUUGUUGUCUGGAGAUACCCAAUUGAAUGUUGAACAGAUUGCUGAUUUGUUCUUUUCUCAAAAUUACAUUCAACAAGGUACCGCAUUCUUGUUGGAUGCAUUAAAGAAUGACUCACCAGCUGAAGGGCAUUUGCAAACCAAGGUUUUGGAAAUUAAUUUGUUGCAUGCACCACAAGUUGCUGAUGCUAUUUUGGGGAACCAAAUGUUUAGUCACUAUGAUAAACCAACUAUCGGUAAAUUGUGUGAAAAAUCUGGAUUGUAUCAGAGAGCUUUGGAGCAUUAUGACGAUUUGAAAGACAUCAAGAGAGUCAUUGUUCACACUAACGUGAUACCAAAUGACUGGUUGGUCUCUUACUUUGGACAAUUGAAUGUUGAUCAAUCUAUUGCUUGUUUGAAGGAAUUGUUUAGCCACAAUUUACAGCAAAACUUGCAAGUGAUUAUUCAAGUUGCCACAAAAUACUCUGAUUUGCUUGGGGCUAAGAAAUUGAUCAAGUUGUUUGAAGAGUACAAAUGUACUGAAGGAUUGUAUUAUUACUUGAGCUCGAUUGUCAAUUUGACUCAAGACCCUGAUGUUGUUUUCAAGUAUAUUCAAGCUGCAUCCAAGAUUGGUCAAACCAAGGAGAUUGAAAGAGUUGUUAGAGAUAACAACGUUUACAAUGGUGAAAAAGUCAAGAAUUUCUUGAAGGAGGCCAAUUUGGAAGAUCAAUUGCCAUUGGUUAUUGUUUGUGAUCGAUUUGGGUUUGUUCAUGAUUUGAUUUUGUACUUGUACAAAAACAAACACUUUAAAUUUAUUGAAGUCUAUGUUCAAUCCGUUAACCCUGAAAACACUCCUCAGGUUAUUGCAGGGUUAUUGGAUGUUGAUUGUGAUGAAUCAAUAAUCAAGAACUUGUUGAUGUCAGUCUUGGGUAGAGUUCCAAUCAAACCAUUGGUUGAGGAAGUUGAGAAAAGAAACAGGUUGAAGAUUUUGUUGCCAUAUUUGGAAAAGACAUUAGAAGGAGGGUCAAAUGACCAAGAAGUUUACAAUGCCUUGGCCAAGAUUUACAUUGACUCAAACAAUUCUCCUGAAAAGUUUUUACAAGAAAACAACAAUUAUGAUACUUUGACUGUUGGUAAAUAUUGUGAAAAGAGGGAUCCAUAUUUGGCAUACAUUUGUUACGCCAAAGGUGGCAAUGAUGAUGCAUUGAUUGAAGUUACAAAUGAAAACAAGAUGUACAAGUAUCAAGCAAGAUAUUUGUUGCAAAAAUCUGACCUUGACUUGUGGAACAAAGUUCUUUCCUCUGAAAAUGUUCACAGAAGACAAUUGGUUGAUCAAGUUAUUUCCACUGGUAUUCCAGAGUUGGACGAUCCAGAACCAAUUUCAAUCACUGUCAAGGCUUUCAUGGAAAAUGAAUUGCCAGAAGAAUUAAUGGAGCUCUUGGAAAAAAUUAUCUUGGAACCAUCACCAUUCAGUGAGAAUGCUUCAUUGCAAGGAUUGAUGAUUUUGACUGCCAUCAAAGCUGAUUCUUCCAAAGUUUCAAGCUACAUUGAAAAGCUCGAUAAAUUUGAUCCGCUUGAAAUUGCACCAUUGUGUAUUGAUAAUGGUCUUAAUGAAGAAGCAUUUGAAGCUUAUGACAAAUUUGAAUUGAGAACUGAAGCCAUGAAGGUGUUGAUUGAAGAUAUUGUUUCCUUGGACAGAGCAGAACAGUAUGCUGACAAGUAUGACACAUCUGAAUUAUGGUACCAACUUGGUACGGCACAAUUGGAUGGAUUGCGUAUCCCAGAAGCUAUUGAUUCAUAUGUCAAAUCCAAAAACCCAGAGAAUUACGCUCAAGUGAUUGAAAUUGCUGAACAUGCUGGUAAGGAAGAGGAAUUGUUACCAUUUUUGGAGAUGGCAAGGGAAACCUUGAGAGAACCAGUCAUUGAUGGUGCAUUUAUCAAUGUUUAUGCGUCGUUGAAUAGAUUGAGUGAUAUGGAGAACUUUGUCUCGGGAACAAAUGUUGCUGAUUUGGAAGCUAUUGGUGACAAGUUGUUUGAAGCUAAAAACUACAAAGCAGCCAAGAUUUUAUAUAGCAAUGUUUCCAAAUAUUCCAAGCUCGCCACCACAUUGGUUUACCUUGGUGACUAUCAAGCUGCUGUUGAUUGCGCAAGAAAAGCUUCCAACACUGAAGUUUGGAAGCAAGUCAACAAUGCUUGUAUUGAAAAUAAGGAAUUCAGAUUGGCACAAAUUUGUGGUUUGAAUUUGAUUAUCGAUGCUGAAGAGUUGCCAGAGUUGGUCAAGACUUAUGAAUACAAUGGAUAUUUCUCCGAAUUGAUUGCCUUGUUUGAAAGCGGGUUGGGUUUGGAAAGAGCUCACAAGGGGAUGUUUACUGAAUUGGCCAUUCUUUACUCCAAAUACAGUCCUGAGAAAGUGAUGGAACAUUUGAAAUUGUUUUGGUCAAGGAUCAAUAUCCCUAAAGUUAUCACCGCUUGCGAAGAUGCUCAUUUAUAUCCUGAAUUGAUUUUCCUUUACUGCCAUUAUGAAGAAUGGGAUAAUGCAGCAUUGACCAUGAUUGAUAAAUCCGAAGUUGCAUUUGAGCACUCAUCAUUUAAGGAGAUUGUCGUUAAAGCGCCAAAUUUGGAAAUAUACUACAAGGCCAUUCAAUUUUACAUCAACGAGCAACCUUCAUUACUUGUUGAUUUGUUGCUGGUUUUGUCACCAAGAUUAGAUUUGCCUAGAGUUGUUAGAAUGUUUGUCAAGAGUGACAAUUUGCCCAUGAUCAAACCAUUUUUGGUUUCAGUAUUGGAAAAGAACAAUAGAGUGGUGAAUGAUGCAUACCAUUCAUUAUUAAUAGAGGAGAAUGACCACAAGGCAUUGAGAGAUGCUAUUCAAUCAUAUGAUCGAUUUGAUCAUAUUGAUUUAGCAGAAAGAUUGGAAAAUAAUCCACUUGUGUAUUUCAGACAAAUUUCAGCCUUGCUUUUCGCUAAGAACAAGAAAUUCAACAAGGCCAUUUCCAUUUUGAAAAAAGAUGGUGAUUGGGUCAACUUGUUGAAGGUUGCUGCUGAAUCAAAUCAAAAAGUUGUUCAUGAAGUACUAGACUAUUUUGUAACAACUGGUAAUUAUGAAGCUUUGGUGGCAUUGUUGUAUACUUGUUACCAUCUCAUUGAUUCAACUUAUGUUGCUGAAGUUGCAUUUGAAUACCAAUUGGCCAAUUUUGUUGCACCUUACAAGAUCUACACUGACCAUGUGAGAGAACAGAAGUUGAUUGAAUUGUUCAAGAGACUUCCCAAUAAGGAGGAAGAGACUGAAGAGAAUGAACAACCUAAAUUUAUGCUCACGUAUUGA